UGCUGCCCAAAAGACGUCUGCUUAGAGUGGCCAAUCGGUUCAGACGGCAAUACUCAUCUGUUGUUCUGCUGUUAAGCACUUCCCUGUCUCUGGCAUCAAACGCCAGUCACCUGCUUCCUGUGGAUGUGAAGUGACCGAAGCAAAAUGAGGAGCUCAAAUGCUUCUCUUAUUUAAAACCUUUUUGAUCUUUUCUUAGCUUAGAAGAGCAAAACUUCUAAAGUUCUAGAGGGAUGGCUCUAGAGGCAUGUGGAAGCUGUUUGAGUUGUCUGCUGAUACCUCUUGCCCUUUGGAGUAUUGUUGUUAACGUCCUUUUAUACUUCCCUAAUGGGAAGGCUUCACAUGCUGCCAGCUACCAGCUGCCCAACUACGUGUGGUAUUUUGAAGGGAUCUGUUUCUCAGGCGUGCUGAUCCUCCUGCUGGCAGUCAUUCUAAUAGCACUGGAGGGAAACGUGUUCUAUCGGUGCUGCCAGAGUGAGAGCUGCAACAAAACCUACAGGAGUUUUAUCUCAAUUGUGCUAGCCCUGCUUGGAGUUGCUUUCUCUGGAUACGGUUGCAUCAUUUUUACCUUGGGGUUGAUCCAAGGCCCCUUCUGCAAUUCAUCGAGUGGAUGGGAUUAUAUCUUCAAAGGCACAUCUGGAGGGUACCUCACAGAUUAUCCUUCUUGGUCUCAGUGCACUGAACCUCCUAACAUAGUGGAGUGGAACAUCAUUUUACUCUCUAUCCUGAUAGCACUCAGUGGACUGCAGCUGAUCAUUUGUUUUCUCAAAGUGACUGCUGAGCUGAAACGGACACUCUGUGGGACCUACUCUGUGUUUGUCCAGGGCAAUAUUCUCUGAAAAAAUGGCAAGGAAAUCUUCACUGCUUCUCCUCCACACCCUCAGAAAGAAAGAAAUGGCUUCUCCCACAUUUAUGGCGGUAGAUUUGGGUGCUGCUGUAAUCCUGGCUUAAAUCUUUGUCUCUCAAGCCGCUCUGUUUUGGAUGAAGUUAUUUGAACUGUUUGAUGUCUGCGUUUUCCCAGUCGUUUUCUAACCAAUCUGGUUGUCCUUAACUUAUCACCUUCCAGCUUGCUCUGACAAUAGGGAGGUUUGAUGGCCACGGAACUGCUUUUGUAUUGAAAUCAGCCUUUUUGGAAUAAACUGCUGUAAAGCUUCUAUAGAA